AUUACAGUGGAUAAAGGGAAGAAGAUACAACUCUAGAGAAUGAUUGGAUAUUGCGGGAGCACAAGUUUUUUAUUCAUUAAUAUCAUUGGUACAGGACUUUUUGUGACCCCCAGCAAAGGGGCACUGAAGUACUCUUGCAUAAAUGUAGGGUUUUCUUUGUGUUUUUAGGCUGCCUGUGCCCUGUUUUCCAUGAUGACCACUUUCUGCUCAGCAGGGAUGGGUAUAACCUUCCCAUGCAGAGGAGCUCGGUAUUUUCUCAAAAGAUGUUCUGACAACUUGAUCUCUCUCCUGAAUCUCUGGACAGCUUUGUUUCUGGGGCCAGGGUUAGGUCCAGCCCUACUCCUCACUGACUAUAGCAUUGAGCCUUUUUAUCCUAGCUGCUCUGCUCUAAAGCUACCAAAGAAAUGUCUGGCACUAGCCAUAUUGUGGACUGUGGGAAUUCUGAAUUGUCAAAGUGUGAAAGAGGUGAUUUGGCUUCAGACAGACAGCCUAGUGCUGAAAAUGGCCCUACUCGGUCUUAUUUCGUUACGCAGAGUGGUACUGCUGAUGAAAGGAAAAGAGAAUGUAGAAAGCUUUCAGAACUCUUUUGAUACUGCGUUUCCAGAAGCCUUCCAGUUUAUAGAUGCUGUUUUCCAAAGAUAUUUUGCAUUUUCAGGCAGAGGAUAUUUUACAUUUAUAGCAGGAGAAGCUGAAGAACCCAGAGAGACAAUUCCAAGAUGCAUAUUAACUGCAUUACUUCUGGUGACUAUCAUUUAUCUACUAGUUAGUAUUUCCUACCUGACUAUUCUGACACCCAGAGAUAUUCUCUCUUCAGGUUGCGUAGUGUUUGGUGCAGGACACUUAUCAAUCCUAGGGCAGAGCAGCUUCCCUAUCCCCCAGACUUGCCACGCUAAGGCCAGAAGUGAGGACCUCAAGACUCAGAUGCAACUAUUUAACAGAAGAUCCUGA